CAAAUUUGUCCAAGACCCACAAGCCCAAACAUCAGUCAUCUCCUUCACAGGAACCCUAAAUCUGAAACUACCUGGAGUCCGUUCUGCCACGGCUGAGAAAAUAGCGACGCGGAAACACGCUCGUCUUCACGAUCCUGCGAUCCAGCGCGACGUGUCCAGCGAUUCCUCUCUCUAACGAGUCUACGGAGGGCGAAGAAUCGCGAGGCUAGCCGCCGGUGAAGAGUCGCCCGAUUCAAGCCCGAUUCAUCCCCGAUGCAGAGAUUCAACCACGAUUCAGGAACAAAAACGAGACAACCUCCGAUUCGUAUCGGUAGCAGCUGGAAUCUUAUCGAAUCGUGAGAUAAGUAUCGUGAAUCGUACGAUACUAACUACCAUGCUUGUAACUAUUGGUACCAUGGUGUAAACCUAAAGCAUUGGAAGAACUGAAAAAUUGCCUUAUAAAGACUGUGGGGGUAAGCUCCUGUGAAGUGACAUUAUCUCUAAGAUAAAAUUCUCAACUCAGAAAUGGUUAUCCCACUGUGCACCAUCCCGCUAUAGUGAUUAUGUGGCCAAUGUUGUUAAGUGGUGGCAACAUGGCGGAUUUUUGCCUAACCGGCAUAGGCGAUUUAUGAAGGGAGGCCGGCUAUGGUGGCGCCCUAGGCUGCAAUGGCAUGUUUAUAUGAUGGAAUUUUGGCCUUCCGCAGUUGAUAACACGGUUUGGGGGCUGGCCGUUCCUCGUGGCUGUUUGGAAUUGAUAACUAUGGGUGCAAGUAUAAGAAAAAUGUUGUUGUUUUUUUCCAGGAUGGUCAUAUUCUCAAUAAGUAAUGCCAGAUAUACUUAUGUGCAUGAUCAGAAAUAUCCCUCUGAAGAUGUUGACAUACACCAUGUCGUAUCAAGGAGGAGUAAUGCUAAAUAUCUUUUUGUGUACGCCUCAGCACUUCUUGUAUUAGCAUGUGCCUUGUAUCUAUAUGUUCUUAAGGAAAAAGCAAUCAGUCUAGUGUAUUACAGCUUGCUUUUUGACAUAUUUCUUGUCAAUUUGUUACUUGGGAAGCCUGUUAAGAAAGAGUCUGUUGUGAUUAUGCCAGCUUUUGGAGUACAGCUUGAGACUCAUUAUGUGAGUGGAAAAGUCAUCCGAUACUUUGUUCCCAUUGACAAGAUUCUGAAACCUGUUCUAAUAGAAUGUGUGACUCCAGUGACUUGUUAUUGGACUCUAUCAUUGAUUAUUCGUGGGGAAUCAGAAAUGGUGUUAGUUUUCAAGAACUUACGCCCUCCGGUGAAAAUGUUGGCCUAUGUCUGGAAGGCCCUGUGUGCUGCAACUGAUAGUAAAGAAGAGACCUGUACUCAUGCAGAAUGAAUAAUUGACAGUUAUGGCUUAUGUACUGGUGUCUGGUGUACCCCCAUCAUUGAACGCCAAUCCUGUGUGAGAGAAGGAUUGGAUUCAACAUACAUUUGGAAAGUGAAAUUUUUGCUAAACCACACUCUUCUCGAGUUGAUAGUUUGGGAUUGUGCGUUGAUUAUCAGCACGACAAGGCAUUAAAUUUAGAGGCCAAUUGGCUCUACCUUUUUGAACUGCAUAAUAGGUAGCUAAUGUGAAAGUAGGGGAAAAUUUUGUAUCAUGACACAGGACUGAUAGAACUAGUAUGUUUCCGUGAGUCUUUUGUAACUAAAAUAGAGCACAGCUUCAUAAUUUUUUGCUCCCUCAAUGCUGCUGUACACUCAAUUACAAAAGAAUGAUUUUGCAGUGAAACAUGCAUUCUGUCAAACUAAUUUCACCACUGGUAAUAGUAACAACCACUUUCUUUCAAA